CUUAGGGGGGUUUCACACGUGACAUGCGAAGCCAGCUUCGACCCCGAAACCGGGUCGAAGCCGACCUCGGAACCGACCCCGAAACCGACUCGCCAAGCUGGCCCCCCCACCCCGAUUUCGCGAAGCCGGCUUCCACAUUUCACUACCGGUUUCGAGGAUAUCCAUCAUUCCAUUGGUAUAUAUUAUCAUAUGGCUAUGCAUAGACACUUCACAGCCCCAAAGCAGACCCACGCGCCGCGAAUGCCAAAGAAUAGGUGGCACAAUCUCCGCUGAAUUUCGCGAAUCCACGUCACAAAGUUAAUUUUGCGCUAUAAAUGGACGUUUGGUGUCAACUCCUCGCUCAGCUCUGUCUCGCGUGUCACGCAUGGCUGCGGAUGGCAUGCGCCGGACCGUGCAAAUGGCCUGUGGAGGCCGACUGUGAGCAUUUUAGCUGCUAUGGUUAUAUGUACUGUCCAAUAGGGCGGCAGGAUGAUAAAAAGCUGCCCCGGUCCGCCCUCGCGCUCGCGCCGCCCCCGCGCUCAGCGCCUAGCAUCAGCAACACCCGCACGCAAACGGUGCUGCAGGGGACGGAGGUAGCGUCGCUGCUGCGUGCCACUGCCAUCCCCCUAGGUGGCGGCUCCGGUCCUGCCGGCGGUGGUUGUGCAGCGGCGGCGCCGGGCGGCGGCGCCGCUCGUCGCCGCUUCGCCGCCGGCACGCCUUCAGCCGACAGCUCCGCUGCAAAACGGACGUCAGCGCCAAGAGUAGGAGGCCCUGCUGCUGGUGCUGGUGGGCGGCAGGCGGCGGUGCAGGGUGGUGGCGCGAACCGGGUGGCUCUGGCAGGCGCGCCAGCUGUGGCGGGGCCUGCUGUUGUGGCACGGCGCGUGGCGUUUGCACAGCCGGAAGCAGACGUUGACAACAUCAAGCAAGCGGGGUAGCGGGUAGCGCGCGGCCUGCUGGCACAGAGCCCGGCAUGGGUGGGUCAACAACUACACCGCCUUUUUUUACCGUGGGUAUGUACUUUAAGCACUGUGCAGGAUGUCUGGAAACUGGUGUUCCUUUUAUGUGCCGCAUUGUCACCCGGUACUGCAGCGAAUGAGCGCCUGCGUGUUGGCGCCCAUCGUGCCAUCCAGGGCAUGUUGAGCUGUGCAUGCACGCACUGCUGCGCAAUUCAAUGUCGCAUUCGGCGUUUAUUGGUAUGGCGUGUACACGCAAGACCUUGAGAAAUGCUAGGACAGUUUGAUUAUGGGAAGGAGAUGUCGGGAGAUGUUGGGCUGCGGUGCGUGGCUGUAGGGAAACACGCGGGAACUUGCGGCAAUCAACUGCAUCCACCUAAUCCACCUACCUGUCUUCCGGUCUUAACAGGACUAAACAGGACAGCAGCCGUCACGUGCACGAAACGGGCACUGGACCAUGCAGCUGUAACAUCGCCUGAGA